AUGGCGGACCCCGUAACAAACAUCAUCAUUAAGCUUGGAAGCAAGGUACACCCUCCGGCGGCAGCCCUCAAACACAUUCAAACGCUUCUACAGUUGGCUAUGAAGAAGAAGCUCAAGCUUGAUCCUCUGCUUCGCGACGAGAUUCUGGUGACUGUUAUGACCAACUAUCCGGAGUUUUAUGCUGAAUGGUCGGCAGAUGAUGUAACUGAACUUCUUGUGUUGGUCGCCGAAGCCAGUGAUGACGUCUCUCCAGUGUUUAUUCCAGAACCCUCGGAUGGAAAUCGGGCGGGGGAAUUCUUUCAAUUUUUUGCUCAACGUGCCCUAGAAUCUGUUGAAGAAGCUCGACGACGAGAUGAGUCCCAAGCUCUGUAUCUUGAAGUUGCUCAAAGAGAAGCAACACACAGACAGGAGAUUCUUCGACAACGGGUAAAUGAUUCUGAAACCCCUAUUGAAAUUUCUCCUGAUAGACCUGUUGAUUCUUCUAUUCCAUUGUCUGUGUCUAUUUUGCCUAAAAAACAAUCUGCUUUGGGUUCCGAGAAGUCCCCUGUGAAUGUUGAUCCUCUAUCUUUGCCUGUGACUAAUUUUGCUGGUGAAAAAUCUGAUGCGUUGCAUGUGUCUGAUGAGAAAACAAAGUCCUCUGAUGAGCCAAAUCCACUGAGUCUGGUUGUUUAUGCUUCUGAGAAUAUUGCUCUGCCUCCGUCUGAAACUGUUAAUGUCUCUAAAGAGUCUUGUCCUGCUGUUGAUCCUCCUGCCUUACCUGCAACUGUUAAGACUGUUGAUUUAUACAGUCCCCACAAGUCUGAGAAAACAGAAUCCUCCAGUGAAGAUGAUAAGAUACUGGCUGAGGUGUAUGGACCCCAAGCACCUUAUUCUGCUGCCCCUACUGUUGAGGCAACUGCUCAUCCUGAUUCCACGAAUUUCAGAAUUCGAGAGAUAUCAAAUAUUGUUGGGAGCUCAUCUGCAAAUGUUUCUGAUUCUAGCGACUCUGUGAUUCCAGUCCAGUCCCCAUCCAGAGAAACAAGACGGACAAAAAGGAAGAAUGUUCCAACGAAGGUUGUUGUUGAAACCAGUGCUGAUACUGUUGAUGUGGAUCAGCCUGUGAAGAAGAUAAAAUCGAGUGAGACUGCUAAGCCUGAAGGAGACCCACCUAUCCACCAAGUUUUCAAGAUUCUACGUUCCUCUGUUAAGCAACAAGGACCUACUGCUGCUCAAGCUACUUCUGCACUAGCCCCCUCUGCCAGAAAAGGGAAACCUACCACAAGGUCAAGAGGUCGAAGUGUAACUCCGGAAGUUCCACCUAUUGAAGGAAUUGAUACUAUUGUUUACAAACCUCAGUUUGUAUCCCUUGCUGCACAAACAAAAUGGGCCACUAUGGUCAGAAGGGAGCUGAUUGUUCAAAGAACUGUGGAUGAGAAUCAACUGAACUCCGUUUGCGACAUCCUGCCCUUGCUGAAUGAAGUUGGUCUUUUGAAAACUGUUACAGAUGUUUGCCCUUACUCCCAGCUGCUCACAUAUGAGUUCUAUUGCAAUCUCAGUGAUGAGAUUGACAGUCUCACAGGGCCACGACCGAUGCAAAUCUUCAUCAGAGGGACGUUGUAUGUUUUUGGGCCAGAUGUGAUAAAUAAAUACUAUGGCUUGCCUACAGUGCAAGAAGAAACUGUUACUGAAUGGGACGUGGUGGCCAAAACUCUUACCGGUGGACAUACUACAUCUUGGCCUACAGGAGAUAAGGACUAUUUGCUGAGCUCGGAUCUCACGUCUAGAUAUGUCAUCCUACAUCGCCUGGCUCUGCACAACUGGCUUCCAUCAGCUCAUUUCAACACAGUUGGCAAGCUUCUGGCAGGGUUCUUAUUUAGAAUUGGAACUAAGAUGCAAUGUGAUCUGGGCAAAUGGAUUUUUUAUCAUGUUCUAACUCUGAUUCAUCCCCGGGAACAGAAGGUAAGACUACCGUUUCCAAAUCUGAUUUUUGGCAUCCUUACCUCUCAGGGUCUUAAGCCUAUGCCCAGCGAAGUGAUCUGUCCGACGCUGCUAUAUACUAUUGAUAAACGUCUUCUUUCUGGAGAUCAUAUUAAGGAUGUCGUUCCUGUGACUGCCCCAUCCAAUUCAGAACCUGAUGCUGUGAAUGAUGAGUCUCCUCAUGCUAAAGAUGUGAUGUUUUCCGAACAAUUGAAGGCGCGAGUUGCUGAUCUUGAGACGGUGCACGGUAUCAUUGCCAAGCAACUAACGGGUGCGCGCACUGAGCUAGCUACUGUUCUUCUCCGCAUGAGCCUGUCUGAUACUGCUGCUGCUGCUGAGGAUCCCGUGAAGUCUGACUGUGACUCUCCCUCAAAUGCUUGA